AUGAGCUCAUUCUCAAGUGAUAGGAGUCAAGAUGAUCAUAGUCCUGCAAGGCGUCGUUCACCUGCUGAGAGAAGAUCAAGAAGCCGCUCUCCUCGACGCGUUCGAGUGAAAUCAAAGCGCAUAGUUAUCGCUAACAUUCCAUAUGAUCUUAAUUGGCAAAAGUUGAAAGAGUUAUUCAGAGAACAAAUUGGAUUUACGGGUUUUCUGCAGUUGUUUAAGAAAAAUGGCAAACCUAACGGGAUGGGUCUGAUGGAGUUCAAGACAACUGAAGGGGCUGAAAAAGCUAUAGAAAAAAUGCACCGAUUUGAAAUUGGGGACAGAAAGCUGGUCGUUCGAGAAGAAACUGCCCGUGAUGCCGCUCGUAUUGCAACAAUGGAGGUGGAUACCCCACUUCCAAGUGACUCCAUGAAUACAAGUGAAGCAGUUAACUCAGCGCCAGUGGGACCAAUUUACACCCCACAGAUGCUUAGUCAAAUGGGUAUUGAAGGUCCAAUUACAGAUUCGGUGUAUGUUAGUAAUCUUGAUUAUAGCGUGACCUGGCAGAAACUCAAGGAUGUAUUUAAGUUAGCAGGAAGAAUCACCAGUUCUGUUAUUAAAACUGACUCUGAAGGCAAAUCACGUGGAGUUGGCAUAUUAAAGUUUUCAAGUCCUUAUGAAGCUGUCCAAGCUGUUAGUAUGUUUAACAACCAGAUAUUAAAAGACAGACCAAUGCGUGUAAAGAUUGAUCGUCAGGGUACUCCUGCCUCGUCAGAUAUACUUUAUCCUCCGUCACGAACUGGUUCAUCUGGCAUUCUGGGCUCUACUGCACCAGUGACUUCUAAUCCUGCUUCAACCGGACAGUCUUCAAACCUUAUUGCCGCUCUUUUAACUCUUCUUGGUCUGAAAACAACUGUAGAUUCAAAUCCUCAAGGUGGUGGGAUAGCUGAAAUUCUGCGUACUUUGGGAGGGAAUACAAACCCUGCUGGAGGUCUUAAUGCUUUGUCAACUGGACAGUCUAACGGUUCUUUGGGUUUUGGCAACAAUGCGUUGUCAAAUGUUUCACAAAGUUCAGGGGGGAAUCGAUUUGGUUCAGGUCAAUUUACAGACGAGGGAUUACAACAACUGAUCUCAGCAGCUGCCGCAGGUGGGAUGUCUCAGUCACAAAUAGCCAAUGUAUUGUCAGCUCUUGGUGUGUCUCAGAGUUCUCAUUUGGAUCAGUCUGGUCAGUUGAAUGGUUCAAAUAUCGUCGGUCGACAUGGUACUGCUGGUGGGGUUGUCGGUGGUGUUGUUGGUGAUCGAGACUUUGAUAAUUCACGUUUUGACAGCGGACAUCAUUUGAAAUAUGAGACUUCAGGAAAUUAUCGUCUAGACUCGCGUAGUGCUGUUCCUAUGAUGAGAUCUGAACCUGCAGACAAUUAUGUGCAUGCAGGAAACUAUCCUAGAUCUGGACGUGGGCGUGGUGAAGAUGUUUCACAGUUUGAUAAUAGUCGAUGGAAUGCAACCGAAAAGUUGAUUGUGAAAAAUAUUCCAUUCUCUCUGUCUGCUAAUGAUGUGAAGAAGAUAUUUAGAGAGGUUGGGGAAAUGAGUUAUUUCAAUCUGGUUACGGAUAAUGAUGGUCGUUCGCAAGGGAUCGCGUUUAUCGCGUACACCAAUCCUGAUGAUAUUUAUAGAGCCAUAGACCUUUAUGAUGGUAAACUAUUUGAAGGGCGACGUAUUCGACUGCAUGCUGAAUAA